AUGACAUCAACUUCUAAUAUUACUACUAAGAAAAGUGAUAGUGGUGGUGUCUGGGAUACAAAGCUUCAACAAUAUCAUGGAGGGCAAGACUGGAAGUUUUUAGAAAACUUUGUUGAGGAUUUUUCUGUAACUACUAAUGCGCUUGGGAUGCCGAAAAAUGCGUUAGAAGCUGCUAGAGAGGCGAUUUAUACCUGUCAUCAUUAUCCUCCGGCCGACCAAGAACCAGCCAAAACAUCUCUUGCAGAGUUCCUCUGGCCGAAUGACCACGCAAACCACCACAAAAAACUACUACUAGGCAACGGUGCAAGUGAAUUGAUAGAUUUGGUCAUAAGGUCUGCGGCACCUCAUGGUACAUGGAAACCUGGACCAUGGGAUGUUCAAUAUAAAGAGUAUCAACGCGCGGCAGUAACUAACGGUCAAAAGAUUCUAAGUGGGCAAGAAGAGCGUAGUGCAAGUCUUUUGUGUAUUGUCAAUCCGUGUAAUCCGACAGGCGAUUAUUUUGUGUUAGAAGAGUUGAAGCAAUGGAUUGAAGCGAACGUAGAAGAUGGUGGCGUCGUGAUUGUUGACGAAUCAAUGCAGCCGUGGUUAUCACGUGAUUUUCGAUCCGAUUCAUUAACAUCACAACACGAAUACCUCGCAUCUUUAUAUUUAACUAGAAAAGUUUCCCUUUAUGUAAUUCACUCAUGGACAAAAUUUUGGUCGUGUACCGGUUUACGACUCGGCUCGGUAGUAUGCCCGACCACGAACCACUGUGACGCGUUAAAACGUCUACAAGUUCCGUGGAGUGUUAAUUCACCAGCACUGGCAUUCUUGCAUGCUGUAGUCAAAGACGACGCGUACAUGGAAAAAACAUGGCAAGUGACGCCGGUAUGGCGUAAUGCAUUAAUUGAGCGAUUAAACACUUUAUUGGGGAUUUUUAUCAACGGACAAAAGAGCAAUACAAGUAGAGUUGAGAACAACGACGACAAAUCACUAGAAUGGAAAUUUUACGGAAAACCGUUUUUAUCGUGGGUUUGGGUAGAUCUAAAGUCUCAAAAAACAGCACAAGAGGCUGUUGCACUUGCUAAAGCUGCGGGUGUGCCGGUGAGAAGUGGGCAGCCGGGAUAUGAGAGACCGACGUUUGUGAGAAUUGCUGUGAGGGAGCCGGAGAAAGUCGACCCUUGCAUCACGGAACGGUUUUUCCCUCAUAGUACUGGGCUUGAUAUGUUUAAGCGUGCUUGUGAAGCUACAAAUGCUCGAUGUGAAGACGACAAAUUCGGUGACUUUAUCGAUACGAUCAAUGAGAAACUGAAUUUCGUGGAAUUGGAGUUUCGCAAAAGUCAUGAUGAGGAUACUGGGGAGGAGGUUUUGGCGUUGGUAAACACAAGCGACGACGAAAUCGCCAAAUUGGCAACUGAUUAUACGCCUCUUGAGAUUUCUUACUUUAGGGCUUUGAUUGAAAUGAUCAUCAAUGCUGACGACGAAACGUACUCUGUAUCCGCAACUACUGCCAUAAAAGAAAGUUCGAAACUCAAACCCUCCAUGACCAGAAUUGCGGCAGAAAGGGCUCUGAAAAGAUUCGUGGAUGAUAAGUGGCUUAUGAAGACUUCAGCUGGAAGGUAUUCGUUAACUCAACGCACAAUAUUGGAACUACAGAAUUAUCUAAAAGAUCAAUACGACGAGUCGAUACAUGAGUGUACACUUUGUUAUGAUAUUGUGACCAAGGGACAACGAUGCAGUGUCGAAAAAUGCAGCACGCGUCUACACCAUCAUUGUGCCCGACGAAUGUUUCAAACGAAACCGCAAUCUGAAAGAAAGUGUCCAACCUGUUCAGCUAUUUGGCGAGAAACGAUGGUAAUUGCGUGGAGACGUCCAUUUGAGUUAAAGACCAGCAGUUUGCAUGAAGAUCGGGAUCAGAUGCAAAAAGGUCAAAGUGAUGAUGUUGAUGUUCAUAUCGAUAUAGAUGAUCUUGAUUAUUCGAAGUGCAAGACUCCCUUAUCUCAAACUAAACCCUCGGACAUCAAAGUCUUUAAAGCGGCGGCCGAGAAUCUAGAAAGUCUAAGAAAAAAACUGAGAAAGAUGCUUAUUCGUGCACCCAUGACAAUGUUAUGGACAUUCGAGGUGACAGUCAGUGGUUUUGCAAAAUUUCUGAAGUACGAAUAUGAGAAACUGCUUGCUGCAAAACCAAAAAGGGAAGCUGCAAUACCAGAACAUUUGCAUCGAAUUGUAAAUGAGUAUUUCAUGGAGUCUGUAAGCAAAGAGGGGGAUACAAAAGAGGUCACAGAGAUCAAGACUUACUUGAAUAGAGCAGAGUAUGGCCACCGAUUCUUUUCCAGAGCAUUGCAGGAUUUUGCAGGUCUACGUAAGUGUUGGAAUGGAGGCGUCUGUAUCUCUUCCAAAUACAGAAAAAACUAUGGACUCAUAGUAAAAAGUGUGGUUGAAGGCAAAUUUGCCGAUCUGUUGACCUCCACCUGGGAUACAGGAGAGGAAGUUUUUGUCGGAGAGCAAGCAGAGCCAAUCAAUGACAUUAACAAUUUAUUUUGA